UCUCGGCAGGGCCCGCCCCUUGAUCCAGUCGGGUCCCGUCGCUCGGAUCCAAACCUUGCUGGCAGCAGGAGGCUGAGCCCACGCGAGCUAAGAUUUAAGAAUGACUUCCCUCUUGACUUACACUUUAAAAUAUCUUCCCAGUACAUCACAAUGGGCCCUCAGAUUUUCUGUGAGACCUCUGAGCUGUUCCUCCCAGUUACGAGCUGCCGCAGCUGUCCAGGCGAAAUCGAAGCAAACCUUAGCCAAACCCAACAUGAGGAACAUUGUGGUGGUAGAUGGUGUCCGCACUCCAUUUUUGCUGUCAGGCACUUCAUAUAAAGACCUGAUGCCACAUGAUUUGGCUAGAGCAGCGCUUUCGGGUUUGUUGCAUCGGACCAGUGUCCCAAAGGAUGUUGUUGAUUAUAUCAUCUUCGGCACAGUUAUACAGGAAGUGAAAACAAGCAAUGUGGCUAGAGAGGCUGCCCUUGGAGCUGGCUUCUCUGACAGGACUCCUGCUCACACUGUCACCAUGGCUUGCAUCUCUUCCAACCAAGCCAUGACCACAGCUGUCGGCUUGAUUGCUUCCGGCCAGUGUGACGUGGUCGUGGCCGGCGGUGUAGAGUUAAUGUCUGACGUCCCUAUUCGCCACUCAAGGAAAAUGAGGAAGAUGAUGCUGGAUCUCAGUAAGGCCAAGACUCUGGGUCAGCGACUGUCUUUAAUCUCUAAAUUCAGAUUGAAUUUCCUGUCACCCGAGCUUCCAGCAGUGGCCGAGUUCUCCACCAAUGAGACCAUGGGCCACUCUGCGGACCGACUGGCUGCCGCCUUUGCUAUUUCUCGGCUGGAACAGGAUGAGUAUGCACUGCGCUCACACAGCCUGGCCAAAAAGGCACAGGGUGAAGGACUCCUUUCUGAUGUCGUGCCCUUCAAAGUACCAGGAAAAGAUACAGUUACUCAAGAUAAUGGCAUUCGUCCUUCCUCCUUGGAGCAAAUGGCCAAACUAAAACCUGCAUUCAUCAAGCCCUAUGGCACAGUGACAGCUGCAAAUUCUUCUUUUCUGACCGAUGGUGCAUCUGCAGUGCUGAUUUUGGCAGAGGAAAAAGCUCUGGCCAUGGGUUAUAAACCGAAGGCAUAUUUGAGGGAUUUUGUGUACGUGUCUCAGGAUCCAAAAGAUCAGCUUUUACUUGGACCAACAUAUGCUACUCCAAAAGUUUUAGAAAAGGCAGGAUUAACAAUGAAUGAUAUUGAUGCUUUUGAAUUUCAUGAAGCUUUCUCAGGUCAGAUUUUGGCUAAUUUGAAAGCCAUGGAUUCUGACUGGUUUGCACAAAACUACAUGGGUAGAAAAGCCAAGGUUGGAUCGCCUCCUUUGGAGAAGUUUAACAUCUGGGGUGGAUCACUCUCCCUGGGGCACCCGUUUGGAGCCACUGGCUGUCGGUUGGUCAUGGCAACUGCCAACAGAUUACAGAAGGAAGGAGGCCAGUAUGGGUUAGUUGCCGCCUGUGCAGCUGGAGGGCAGGUAUGUCACAGAAGCUUCAUAGGAGCUUCCAGAAAGUCAUUUUCUUGGAAACAAAACAAAUUCAUCCAAGAAUGUUUGAUUUAGCUUAAUUUGAAACAGUCUUAGAGUGAUUUUUCUGAUGACAGACAACUGGGAAAAAAGCAGCCCAUUUUUGUGGGGAGGGAGUACAACUUUAAUUCUGAUAGUACUUUGAAAGGAAGAAUCUAUUUAAAUCCAAGUUAUUUUUUUCCCCUAAAAUAAUGUUUAUGUUUUUUGUUUAAAAAAGUUAUAUAUGCUCCUUAUGGAAAUUAUGAAAAUACAAAAAGUAUUUAGAAAAUAAAAUUAUAAUCACUUAUAAUCCCCUCAUCAGACACUAUCAUUAUUCACACUUUGAUAUAUUUUCUUCUUUAAUAAUAAAAUUUUAUCCAUUUAUCUAGUCACCAUGAGACGUUAUCCAUAAAAUCUCUCCAAGUCUUUCUUGAGAACUGAACUAUACCUUAAUGGAGAAUUAAUUUGCCUCUGGAUAACGUAUUGCUGUUUAGCUGAGGAAAAUUAUGGUUUUCUACAGAUUUUUUUUCUAUCUGCUUUACUUGUGUUACUGACGAAACUUCCUACCUGCUAUAGCAUUUCACGUGGGAAUAAAAUCCAAAAGGAAGGCUGGAUGUAAUCUUUUUUUUUUUUUCCAACCCUGAUGGAAACAGAUUUGAUUUUUCUCCAGAUAACAGAAACUAUCUGUUGCCGACCAAGAUGAAUCAGAUGUAAAAGUAUAAACAUCUUACAUUUAAAAGCCUUUAUUUAUGGCUUUUUCUCAGAGACUUUGAAGAAGCAAGAGAUCAGUUAUUUUUAGGUUGGAAUAUUUUAGACUUCACAAUCAGAAGUAUUUUCUAAUCUGUUGUAACUUCAUUUACAGAACACCAUGGUAAAUCAGGACUGGAGCCCUCCCUCUUAUCUUUCUAUGCCAAAUUUAAACGCGGGAGGUAACUAGUGCAUAGCAUUGUACACAGUGCAUAGUCCACAUAGGUUAACGUCCUUUGGGUUUGAGUGUUUGUUCCCUAAUUUUUUAAUCUAGCACAUAGAGGAUUAAUAACACAAUACUAGGUGCUUUUGUGGAUGAACAAAGAAUAAUAUCCAGUAUUAUUACUUACCUCUAGAAGUUUACAGUAUAGUGAAGAAGGAGAUGAUACAACUUAGAAACUAGAUUAAACUUGGCAUUGUUUCAUCAAGAGCCAAAUGCGUGCUACAAACAUGAUUAGAUCAAAGGAGGAAUCCAUCAUUGUGGAUCAGGGUUUCUGAGCUCUGGCACUAGUAACAUUUUGGGCCAGAUAAUUCUUUGUUGCGGGUGAGGGGACUGUGCUGUGUGUUGUAGGGUGUUUAACAUGGUCUCUACCCACUAGAUACCAGUAG